AUGACGCUCUUUACUUUGGCGGCACGUCGAAUAAAACCAUGGCGUGCAUGGACGGCCCUCCGGAAGUAGUGCUACAAGAAGGCAACGAGGACGUUCAGUAUGUCCUGCUGGACCUACCGCGGGACGUGGCGGUGUGGCUGAAGCCCGGAGAGAAGCUUGUCAUCGAGGCGUUGGAUACAGAUACGCCGGUCAUCAAGCUGGAGAACGGCGUGGUUUUGCAGGGCUCCUAUGAGGACCACCUUGGGGACAUAAUGCUCCUUAACAAGGAGGCGAUGCCGCCAUGUGUUCCGCCCGCCACCGACGGGCAUGAUGACGGCAUUGAGCAGGAUGGCAGUGCGGAGCGGGCUGAGGAGCCGGCGCAGCGGCAGGACGGCGGCCAGCAGCACGCGGACGCGCCACGCGGCGCCCAGCCUUGCACGGUGCACUUGCGUGGCCAGACGGACAAGGUGCUGACCUUUAAGCGCGUUGUAGCGACGGCGUAAGUGCUGGAUUAGUGUUGGCACUGGUGACGUGCGUUAUUGUUGGUGGGGGUGCCCAACGUGGUGCCGCGUGCUUCCGCGACCGCAAGCGGAUGCACUCUUGGGGGACUUGCAGCUUGAGGGCCAUUUCACAUGCUGGAGUCGGCCUGCUUGUUUGAUGUAUACAAGAUUGUGGGUACUGUCGUGUAGUAGCUUGUUGUUGGGACAUGGAAUUUUCACGACGCGCGUGUGCAGCGGCUUUGCAUGGCGGUGCACGGCAUUGAAACACAGGGUGCACGUGCUCGAUACAUGGUGUGAAGCUGACUGGCAUCCCGUCAACACUUGGUUCUGGCCGACUGGCCGUGAGAUAAACGUAUUACGUGGCACUGCGGUGACAUGGGGGGAUACAUCGCUUGCAUUUUGCGUUGCUUUUGAAGUGAUUUGGUCUUAAGUGCGUGUGCGUGUCACACAGGGGACCAAGUGUAUUGUACGACGUAGGCCCUGGCUUGCAGUUUUGUUCACACAGAUAGCGUUAUGGUGCAAGGGAUCUAGCGUAGUAGUAGCCUACGUUGGCAUAAGCUUGUGCUGUUGAGUAUCUGGCAUGUUGGAGACCGUGGGAAUGUUGAGUGCCUAGCCUGCGCCGCCAAAGCCCCAGGUGUGCAUACGGCAACGGGCAAGCGCGCGUGUUUGCUUUGCCGGCUGGUAGACGAUGGCCAUGUCCGUGAGGGUUGCACGUGCUAUGGAGGAAGCUGGGACCAUAUGUGCACAU